AGUGUCUACAGCUUUAGGCAGACUGUGGAAGUUUAGGAAGUUUGCACAAAGGAAAUAUUAUUUGAAUAUUUCAAACUUCGAUGCAGUGCAGCAUCUUAUUGUGACAAUGCUGCAAUUGAAAGCGAGUGAAGAUGAGCUCAUGGACAAAGAUAAACACUCAAAGUUCUCUCUUGGUUCAGCACUGUCUUCAUUUACCAAAUCAUACCCAGAUAAUGCGCUUAACCGGAUCGGGACCAUGUUCAAAUCCAGAAAGAAAAAGUUCAGCAUCACCUCAGACUAUCCAACUUAUACGGUUGUAUAUUUAGGAAAUUCAACCACCAUUCAGUCCAAAGGAGAGGGAUGCAUGGACGUGGCCAUCAGUAAAAUCUGGAAUAAAAGCGAGAUGGGCAGAAGCAGCACCAAAAUGCAUCUGACUAUCAGCGCUGAGGGAAUACGCAUGGUCCACUCUGAUGAAAAGUCCAAGAAACCGGGACAUCUGUACUUACUUCACCGAAUCACUUACUGCAUGGCUGAUCAGAGGCUUCCCAAGAUCUUUGCCUGGAUUUACAGACAUGAGAUGAAGCAUAAAGCGGUGAUGCUGAGAUGUCAUGCGGUCCUGGUGUCCAAACCUGAGAAGGCGAAAGCGAUGGCACUUCUGCUCUAUCAGACCUCAAGCACAGCGCUGAGCGACUUUCAGAGACUCAAACGAAGAGAAGACGCCAGACAUCAGCAACAGAUCCUCAUAGGAGAGCAAACAGUUCCUCUGGUGCCGAAGAGGAAGAUGAUAAACAUGUACAAACCUCCAGUGGAGCGCAGCAGAAGCGCUCCUAAACUCCUCUCCAUCACUGAAGACCUGAUCGGGGAGAUGGAGGAGGAGAGGGCCAUGCUCUUUGACGAGUUUCUUGACGACGACUGUUUCGAGGACAGCAAAGAGGAAAUAUGCCUUAUAAUUAGUGAACUUGGAGAACUGUGCAUUGGAAAUGAUGUGAAGUCUCUGAGAUCUGACAUGCAGGUGACUCGUCUACUGUGUGGAGAGAGCACUGGCAGCGAAUCAUCCAUAGACAGUAAUAUAGAGUUGAGCUCUGGGACUGAUUCAGAUGAGUUCACAGAUGACAAACAUACAAAAAAUACAAGCAGCAGAUGAUUUUGUCUCAUUUCCUUUGUACUAAAUAUUCAGCACCAAAAGUUUCCAAGGUAUAAGACUUUUUUCUGCAUUCGUUGUACUUAAAGUGUAGUGAUAUCUUUGUCCUCCUUUGAAACAGUUGUUGGAUUGAUAUUGUAGUUAAUGUUUAAAUGUACUUCAACUAUUUCUUUGCAAUGCAAAUGUUUAAAAUCCCUUAAUAUUCUCUUGUCAAUAUAGAUGCUUUAUUAUUAACAGUAGGUUUGUGUUUAAAUUAAAUGUAGUGUUAUUUCUCAAUAAACACAAGACAA